AUAAUUCACACAGAAAUAUAGUCUUUUUACUGAGAUAAAAGUGAACGUAUUAUAAAGAUAGCAAUGGCUUAUUCUGUUAGUAAUUUGUAAAUUAAUUAAGAGUAGGGACCAUGUUAACGUCGGCUGCUGUUUCACACGGAAGUAUUUUACCGCUACACACAACAAUGGCAGCAUGUUCCGAAAGCGGUGAAGUUGAAGCUGAAAUAGAUGAUCCAGGGGCCGCUCCUUUUGGGAAUUUUAUAAACUAUUACACUUUUAAUCCUCCGGAAAACCGCCUGAGUCUGAUCCCGGCCUCCCUGUUAAAAGAUGUGGCCCACGGUGAAGAGAAGACACUUAUUCUGGACGUGGGAUGUAACUCUGGGGAGCUGACGGUGGCGUUUUACGAGCAUCUCCAGAAAUACCAGACUGAAGAGGCUCCAUCUCAAAAACCAGUCCACAUGCUGGGUUUUGAUUUGGAUGAGACUUUAAUCGAGAGAGCCAACCAGACCAACCCUUUCCCUGACAACAUCUCCUUCCUUCGCCUGGACAUAACGUCAGACACCGGGGUUCUACAGGACUACCUUAAACUUCAUGGCUGUGCUCAGUUCCACCUCUGCCUGUGUUUGGCUGUGACUAUGUGGGUGCAUCUGAACCACGGAGACUCAGGUUUGCUCCAGCUGCUCUCUGACCUCGCCUCGUGCUCUCAGUAUCUUUUACUUGAAGCUCAGCCUUAGUGUUACCGAUCCGCAGCCAGAAGACUCAGGAAACUGGGCCGGCCGGACUUUGACCAUUUUAAGACUUUGGGGAUUAAAGGAGACAUGGCGGAACAUGCUAAACUGUAUUUAGAAAAGCAUUGUGGGAUGGAGUUGGUGCAGAGUUUUGGGAGUACGACGUGGGACAGGAAACUUUUGCUUUUUAAAAAACUGUGACUCUAAGAAAUCAGAAUUACUUUUAAACAUAAUGGUAAUUAGUGUUUUUAAUUAGAAAUUUAAUAUAGUUCACUUUUUACCAGUUUAUCAAUUAUGAAUUUUAAUAAAUAAAUUCAUACAAAAUGUGUCCAAAUCUGUACUAUGUAUCAGUGUCAAUAUUAAAAUCUGUAAUAUCAGGGAUUUUUAAAAAAAAUCUUCAUAUUGUAAUACAUUUAAUUAAAAAAAUACCAAAAGUGA